AUGAAAGGAGUUACUGCCAUUUUAAGGAACUGGCCUGAAUACUGGUGGUCAUCGUUUAAAUACCUAUGGAUGGGACUCGGCAUGAUCGCCAUUAUAGUUUUAAUCGUUUAUAAUAGCGUAGUUGCAUUUUCAAUGCUGCCACCAACUUAUACGAAAAUGUUAAAAUCACAAAAUUCUUACAAUUCUGUAGAUAAUAUUUUAUCGGAAAAGUUGUCAACUUACGGUAUAUAUAUGCAUAUUUUUACUAAGAGCGAGGAUAAAGUCAACUUAGAUGAUUUUUUGCCUUAUAUUGAAAUAAUGUGCAAAAAAUAUAAAACAUUUAAAUUUAAUCUCAUCGUUGUUACACAUGAAACAAUUAAAUCAUUAGAUUACAUUAAUGAUGAAAUUAAUAAUGAUGUAGCUCUUAAUAUGUUGUGGAGUGAUAAAUCGUUUGAUAACGAUUACAAAGUUAUACGUAGUAAUCUAGCUAUUAGUUAUGUCUCACUCAAUAAAUAUCUAAAAAAUCCUAUGCUCCAAAAAAUUUCUAAGAGUUUGUCUAAUGAGUUUAUUGAAUUCUUAGUCAGAGCGUAUUCAAUAUGGGAGAAAGGUGGGUUAGCUUUCAAUCCUAUUAUUCUCACACCAAAAUCUCCUUAUCCUUUUUAUGUGGAAAAGAUACAAAACUUACUCAAUAUAAGGAAACAGGAACUGAAAACAAAUAAAAAUUUAAAGCAUACAAAAGAAUUACGAAGACCAAAGAAGGUCUUAAAUAACAUUCGUGAUAUAAUAGAUGCCUUGGACACCGAUGACAGAUCUUCCAAUAAUUUACAAUACAACUUAACGGAAGUAGAGGAUAAAUUUUAUAAAGAGAUAGUUAACAAUACAGAUGUAAAAGUUUUAUUUACUAAUGACUCUUUUUCUGAUAUUUUAAACUUAACUUCACGAGUUAAAAAUUACAAAAAUAAAAACCCACUGGUAGCAAGCGGUCUUAUUCAAAGAGAAAUUAACAAUAUCAGUGAUAGAAACUUUGAUGCGGAAUCAAAUAGUUUAGACAAUUUAACAGUGCCACAUUUACUUCCCAUGUUUUUACAAUAUUUACUGCCAAAAAAAGAAUCAGUGGAAGCAGAUAAAAAAAGUAAUAUUCCAAUUAACUUGAAAAAUUAUCAGCCUGACAUUCCUUUAAGUAAGCCUAAUGAAAUAAGUAAAGGAAAUUCUGCCGCUGCUUUCAUAAAAAAUAAAAAUCGAGAUUUAUUUGAAAAUAACGAAACAAAGUCGAAUUCGCAAGAUUAUGAAACUGAUGCCCAGUUAACAGUUGAUUUGAAAGGUAACUUAAUAGCUUCUAAUACACCUUGUCAUGCAUUAGUCGGAAAUUUUCUUAGUCAUGCGGCUUAUCAUAAUGAGGAAAAAACACUUACAGAUUUUAUCAUCACAGAGUUGACCGUUUUUUGUAAAGGAGUAAUCUCCUCUUGCAAGGCAGUCGAUGUAAUUUUGUCUUAA